AUGAGUGGUGCUUGCUCUAGUGCUCCACGAUGGAGUAACUUAGCAUUUAAUACAGAAUUUGACCACAGAAUAAGACAAAAAGUCUUAAAAAAGGUAUGUCCGACGCGUUGGGAAGCGAGACAUGAAUCAGUGUCUGCCUUAAAAGAAAGAUAUGUGGAUGUUCUUAAAUCCUUGACGUUCUACAGCUUAACAAGCAAAAAAGCAGAAGAGCGAUGCAUAGCUGUUUCUUUGAAAAAAAAAAUGGAGUCUUUUGAGUUUGUUUUAAUGCUUGGUUUGUGGGAGAGAGUUUUACGAUCAUUACACGGAACGUCAAAAACAUUACAGCAACAUGAUAUAGAUUUACAAGUAGCACGAAAUCGAUUAAAUGAUUCUUUUUCUUCAAUUCAAAAUCUACGUGAUGACUACACUAAUAUUGUAAAAUAUGCUAAAGAAAUGUGCAAAAAAUUAAAUAUAACAGAAAGUAAUUUUAAAAUUAAAAUUUUCUUACCACUUAUUGACACUGUGUUGAAUCAGCUUAGGGUGAGGUUUGAAAGUUUAAAAGAAGUUUGUGAUGUGUUUGAGUUUUUAAAGCCAGAAUCAAUAAUCAAAUCAAAAGAAUCAAAACUUAUAAAAAGUUGUUAUGAUUUUGUACUAUUGUAUAAAUCAGAUGUUGGUUCAGAGCUAGUAAGUCAAAUUCUAUCUCUAAAAGAAAUUAUUGUUAACAACAAUUUAAAGUCCAUCAGCAAUUUGGCAAUAUUUAUUGUACAACAUAAUUUUUCAACUAGUUAUUCAGAAGUUUUAGCAGCUUGUAUUCUUUUUUUGACUCUUCCAGUUACAGUUGCGAUCGCAGAAUGGUCAUUUUCAAAGUUAAAACUAAUAAAAAAUUAUUUAAGAAAUUCAAUGGGACAAACGCGCUUGUCAAACAUAGCAGUGCUAAACAUAGAACAACAUCGCACGGCUAAAUUAUCAUUAGACAAUAUUAUAUCACAGUUUUCAAACUUAAAAGCCAGAAGAAUGAAGUUUUAG